AUGGAUGAAAAUGAGAAGAAAAAUGAAGGAAAUACAACUAUUUUUGUUCGGAAAAUACCAUUGAAUAUAACAUCAGAAUCAUUUCUAUGUUUUUUUUCUAAAAUAGCGCCAGUUAAGCAUGCAAUUAUUGUUACAGAUCCUGAAACAAAACAAUCAAAAGGAUAUGGAUUUGUAAGUUUUUCAACACAUUUAGAUGCGAAGAAGGUUAUUUUUGAACUAAAUGAAAGAAAAAUGGAAGGCCAAUAUUUAAAGGCAGAAUUUGCUAGACGUAGAAAUCGAAAUCCUAAAGAUAUUACAAAGAAUGAUACAAAAACAAAAGAUGGGAAAAUAGAAAUACGAAGGCCUUUUUUGAUUAUAAGAAAUUUGCCAUGGUCAAUAAGGAAGAAAGAUGAUGUAUUUUUUUCAAAGUUUAGUGAAUAUGGAAAAGUUAUAAAUGUUAUUAUUCCUAGGAAAAAAGGUGGAAAGAUGAGCGGGUUUGCAUUUGUUCAUAUGAAGAAAGAAUCAGAAGCAGAGAAUGCUUUAAAAAAUAUAAACGGGAUUGAACUUGAUGGCAGAAAUGUUGCAGUUGACUGGGCUUUAAGUCAAACUGAAUGGAAAAAAUUUUUAGAAAAAGAAAAAGACUUUGAAGAGAAUGACACGAAUAUGAAAGAUAUACCAGAAUUUUUGGAAAACGAAGAUAGCAUAGCUUGUACAAAAAUUAAUAAUGAAACUAAUUCUCAAAAUAUUUUGAUCAAAAAAAAAAAAGAUUCAAGUGUUCUAGAUUAUGAUAAUGAAAAUACAAUAUUUGUAAGAAAUAUUUCUCUUAAAACUACAAAUGAAGCUCUUUUUUCUCAUUUUAGUCAAUUUGGUCGUUUAAAAUAUGCACGACUAGUUAUAGAUAGAUUAACCGAAAAAUCUAAAGGAACGGCUUUUAUUCGUUUUCUUCAUAAAGAAGAUAUGGAUAAUUGUCUUAAAUUCUAUUGGAAUUUGUCGAAAAAGCAUGAUUCAUUAAUUAAUAAAUCGAGUAUACUUCAGAAUGAAGUAAUUGAUAAUGAUACUAAGAAACUUAUAUUAGAUGGUCAUUUGUUAUAUGUUUUUUCUGCGCUAAACAAAGAAGAUAUAUCUAUAAUAGAGAAAGAUAAUAAAAAAAAGAGAAUGCAUAUGCUUGGAAAAAAUGUUGAUAAAAGAAAUAUAUUUUUAUUAAAUGAAGGAUAUAUUGAUCCUAAAUCACCAUUGUAUGAGUUAUUAAGUGAAGCAGAUCGUAAUAUGAGAAAUCAAAGUUUAACUCAAAGGAAAAAAUUGCUUGAAAAAAAUCCAUCAUUAUACAUAUCUCUUACAAGAUUGUCAAUAAGAAAUAUCCCUAAAGAUAUUUCUGAUAAAGACUUAAAAGCUUUAGCAAGGGAAGCAUGUGUGAAUUUUGCUAAGGAGGUAAAAGAAAAUAAAAGAAUGCCAUUGACUCGAGAAGAAAAGUUUCGAGAUGGUAAUCCUAAAAAAGGUAAAAAAGGAAUUGUUCGACAAGCUAAAAUUAUUGAAGAAAAAAAUGGACAUAAACGAGGAUAUGGUUUUAUUGAAUAUGUGGGGCAUAGAUGGGCUUUAAUGGGACUUCGUUGGCUUAAUGGAAGAAAGAUAAGUUCGAAAAAAAAUAAGGAAAUAAAAAAGCGUUUAAUUGUAGAAUUUGCUCUCGAAAAUAGUAAUGUUAUCAAACGACGUCAAGAAAGACAGGAAAGAGAAAAAAAAAAGUCCAAGUCAAAAAUUGAAGAUGAAAUAAUAAAAUGUCUCAAAAGAAAGAGAAAAAGAAGCUUUGACUCAGAUGAAAUAAAAAAUAAUAAAAGGGCAUGUAUUUCCUAUAUUAUAUCUAGAAAAAGGCAGCAGAGAAAAACACGAAAAAAAAUGCAACAUGAAUAA